AUGGCCGAUACGGUCAUCCCGGCGUUUAUGGAGAAAGAAGGCCACUAUGGAACCAUUUUCGAGAACCGCAUGCGGGCCGCUGGCUACCGGGGCGAAUGCAAAUACUAUGAUGUUUUUGAGGCCCAAGAGUAUCCCCCGAUUGAGCAGCUGACGUCGUCUGAUGCCGUGUUGAUCACUGGAUCCAAAAGCGAUGCCUGGAGCGAUGUGCCGUGGGUUGUAAAACUCACCGACUACACAAAGUCUAUUAUUGGGAAAUGCCGGGUCGUUGGAAUCUGCUUUGGCCACCAAAUUGUCGGCAGGGCUCUGGGCGCGCCCGUCGGCCGCGCUGCCGAUUGGGAAGUGAGCGUCUGUCCAAUGGACCUCACACCAGCCGGUCGUAGUCUACUCAAAAAUGUGCCCUCCGACAAGCUCCAGCUCAUCCAGCUGCACAAGGACCAAGUAUUCGAGCUUCCUCAGGAAACGGAGCUGUUAGCCAAGAAUGGUGUCUGUCCUAUUCAAGGCUUCUAUAGACCAAACAGCCUCCUAUGUUUCCAAGGACACCCUGAAUACACGCAAUACUUUAUUGAGUCCAUCUCGAAAACCCGCUUCGAGGGUGAUCGGCUGGAAGAUGUGCUUGCUCGAUCCGGAAAUCGUAACGACGGGCCCGCACUAAACAAAGAUAUAGUUCGCUUUAUCAAUGGCGAGUUUUAA